AUGGCGUCUGAUGGAGAAAUUUCGUGUACGAAUGAUCCUAAUUUCGCCGUUAUUUACUCGUUCUUAAAAGUUUUUGGUAAACUGUAUAGUUUAGAAGUGCCCACUAUAGCCAAAUUGCAGGAAUCGAUAGAAAACACACAGGAAGUUUCGGAUCCGUUGAAGGACUUACACUUGAGAUUGUUACGACGCGCUCUAAAAUCCGUACAGACAAAUCGGUGGGAGAGAUCUCUUAUAAAGUUCUGUCAUCAGCAAUCUUACCAUCAAGAGGCAUGGGAGUUAGAAAGGUUUUCUUACAAGAAAGCUAGCACACAAGUUAAAUUACGAAUAUUGAAACUUCUUCUAGAAUAUCAGUUUACUUGCCAUCCAAAGUUCAAAAAUGCCGUCAAUGCAAUAUCAUGUAAGGAGCUGAGAUUGGAUCCUAUCGGUAGAGAUAGGAAUGGUUGUGUUUACUGGCUGCAAGUAGACCACGAGGCAAACUUGUGUCUGUAUAAGGAAGAUCAGGAUGAAGAAACAUGGCAAAUGGUUGCGAGUAAUCGAGAUGAGCUGGUAAAGAUUAUAUCUCAAUUGAAGGGUGGAGAAGAAGUGACUGCAUCGGCAGAAUCUAAUACCAUUGUCGAUUCGAAUGGUGAAGCUCCUACUCAAACACAGGCUGAGCCUGAAAAACCAUCAGUUGUCGAAGAAGACAAUGAAGAAGAGUUCCUAAGUCCUGAAUCUGAAUCAGAACAUGACAGUGAUGAUCAAAAAGAUAACAAAAAUGAAAAGAAAGAUGAAUCUGAUGAAAUUAAAGAUAAUGUUAAUGUAGAAAACGUAGAAAAUAAGGACAAUGUAAAAGACAGUCAAACUAGUGUUGAGGUAGAUGAACAUAAAGUAGAUGGAAAAGAAAAUUAUUAUGGAGAAGAACUUAAAGUAGAUGAUGGAGAAGGAAAUAAUGAUAAGUCUGAAUCAGAAACAGUAGCCAAGGAUGAAGAAAUUGGAGAAGCUAUUGAGGAACCCGUCAUGGUUGUCACUGGAGAAGGAAACGGGGCUGAGUGCGAGAGCUUCAUUAUAUAUGGUGAAGAAAUCUCAGAACCUGUGAUGUACUUCUACGGUGACGGCUGGGGAGAAGAAAACGAAACUGGCAACCCUGAAAUAGAACAGCAUCAUAGUGAUGAAAAAAGUGACGAAGAUAAUCCUACAGAGGAAUGUAAUGGAGAAAACUAUAAUCCAUCUAACGCAAACAAAAAAGCGAAAAUAGGUAAAUGUGUCAAGUUAAAAAAUAAAUCGGUCAACAAACGGUCAUUGAAGAAACCGAAUGAGGUCAUUGAGAACUCUAAAUCAGAUUGCAAGAAACAUUGUAUCCGAGAUAUAGAUAAGUCGAACGGAUCUAACUCUAGUACAGUCACUGAUAGCAAUAGUAUUAACGAUAAAAGCACAACAGAAGGAGAAAAAAAUGACACAGUAAACAAGAAGGUCAAGAGUAAAAUGAAAAAGAAACAAUUAGCUAGCAAAGAUAAGGAGAGUGGCACUGAGGAACCAUUACACUCUCCAACAGAAUCUGAUAGUUGUCAGAACAAUAAAGUCAGUAUUAUUGAGAAAAGGAAAAGCAGUCUGUCUUCAGACCAAGAUGAUAACGUUGACCAGGACAAGGAGUGUUCAGAUAAAGAGGUCAAAGAGGAUGACCUGCCUCCGAAGAAGUUACGACUAGAACCGACUCCUGAGAAGGAGGUACAACCCAAAGAAACAAAUAAAGACGACACAUCCAACGAGAAUAUAGAAAACGAUACAACAAACACGAAUAUACAAAACGAUGACACGCCGAGAAAGAAAAUAAAAGCCAAAAAAGGGAAAUUCAAAGCCAAAAAGAUAGUACAGAAACAUAUAAAUGACUCUAACAAGAAUGAUAGAGAUUGUGAUAUUAAGAACGAGAGUAAAGCUGUUAAACGAACUCUAGUUAACUCUAACGGUAGCGAUAAGACGAACGAAUCUCAGAGCGAGAGUGAGGAAGACGAUCAGAACACGAGCGGCAAGAGACUGAAGAUUAAACCUAAGAAGAUAAAUACUAGCACCAGGAAAAAAGUUGAAGCGAAACAUAUGGCGAAAAGUUCAAGCGACUCAGAAGAAGAGGCGUUGUCUAGUAUAGGUAAGAAAUCAACGAAGAAAGUAUUAAAGAAAAAUCUCAAGAGUAAAGACAAAGACAAAACUUGCGACGACGACUGCGCGCCCGUGCGACAGUCGCGUCGCAUCGCUCAGAUGAAGAUCAAGGAGGAGGCGGAGAGGAGGCACGCGGAGGAGGUCGCGCUCAGGGAGCUCAAGAUGAUACACAACAAGAGAGUGACGAAGGAGGAUGAGGAUGAAUGGCGUGCCAGCAGUCGGGACAGCUCGGAAUCUGAAUCCCGCGCCCGCGAGCAACGCCGGGUGAAGGACGAGUGGCGCGAGGGAGACUCCUCCGCUGACUUAGACUCCGAGCCAGAUUCUGAGCCGCUGUUCGAACACGACGAACCCGACUUGGAUUUCUCGAAAUCUGAUCACGAAUUCUCUCCGGAAUCGGAUCUAGAAGACGGAGAACCAUCAGAGCCUAUCAAACGAGCCAGGACACUACAAGAAAAUUCGUCGGAGGGUUCGUGCGCCCGCUGCGGCAGUGGCGAGCAGCCGGAGUGGAUCCUGUUGUGUGAUAAAUGUGACGCUGGCUACCACGCGAGCUGCCUCAAGCCGGUGUUACUAUUAGUUCCGGAGGGUGACUGGUUCUGUCCGGAGUGUAGCCAUAUCAUGUUGAUAACGGAAUUGGAAAAAGAGCUCGUGAAAUACGAUGAAUUGCUGGCCGCUGUAGAAGAAGAGAGAGCGAGGAAGAAGUUGGAAGAAACGGAACAAUCUAGUGACUUAGAGAAGACUUCGGAUAGAGAGGACGAACACGAAGAACAUUCGGACUCAAAUACUGGAUCAGGUUCGGACGUGUCUGGUAGUAGCGGCUGGUCGUCUCCGGGCGCUGUGUAUCGCUUGCGAGCUCGACGUCAGUUACCCGUCUCGUAUAGAGCACAAGAAUACGAUAGACUCAUCAGUUCCGCGAUUAAGGAAGAAUACGUAGAGCCGACUACUAGCGCAGGCAAUCAAGGUCGAGGGAAGGAUAUCUCUACCAUUAUAGAGGCUGCUGAGGAAGAAAAAAUGAAGGCUGAAAGAGAACUUAUUGAACAGGGCAAACCGGUGGACAACAAGAAAGCUAAGAAGAAACAGAGAAGAAAGCCGAGGAAACUGAACUCACUGGACGUACCCUCGGAGGAUGAUGAUGAAACUGAUGAAGACUUUAAAGAUACUGGUAUGGAAUCUUCGUCAGAAGAAAUAUCAUCGUCUGCUGAGCGCGAUAGUUCUUCACAUUCGUCGGACUCACUGCCUAUACGACGGAAAGAUCGAGCUAAACUAUCAGAAUCUUCUCCGGAAGUCAAAAAAAAGAAGAAAGGUGUGUUUGAAGACAGUUCCAGUGAAUCCGGUGAUAAGGAGAUAAAAAAACCACCUCGACCCAAAGGUCACAGGUCAAAGAAGCGUCUGACGCAAUACGAUUCUGAGGGUAACGUUAUAAGGGCAAGGGUCACGUACGGCUCACCUGGAACAAGAGAUAAUGACUGGUCACCGAAACACAGAACUAGACAAAAGAAAAUCAACUAUACUGAGAUGCCCAAUACUGAGUCAGAAGAUGAGAUGCAUAAAUCAAGCGGUAAACACAUGCCGGAUAGUUCCGACGAGUUUAAAAUAGAUUCGUCGGCGAGUUCCGACUCGGAAGUGGAUACACGCGACCAGUCCGACGAACGGGCGCGCGCCCUCUGCGACCUUGUCAAUAAAACAGCCGUGGUCCCGCUGACCAAACUACCCGAUGAUGUUACCAGCAUCAAGACAAGUGAAGGAGAGGACCGCGUGGUCGAGGUCGCGGAGGCUCUACUGGCUGCUCUGCCCAGUCUACUGACGACGCUCUCUCAAAGCUUGUUGGUGUUAAAAUCAAAGGUGCUAACUGCUAUACUACUUCUAAUUAUUUUUUCAGAAUUAAGAACAGAUGGCACCCCUGGCCCUCUGCGACCAAACCAAACUGAACGUGAUAAAAAAAGGCAAGAAAGGGAGGCUAAAUUAGCCGAGAAGGAAGCUAAGAAGAUUGAAAGAAUACAGAAGAAAGAAGAGAAGGAGAAAUUAAAAGAACAGAAGGCUAAGGAGAGGGAGGAAAAGAGAUUGGCGAAGAUAGCUUUACAGGAGAGUAAGAAGAAUAAGAAGGAAAAGGACUUUAUGCCCAUAUAUGGUAUGAGGCAGGAGUAUAAUAGUCCCAUGCCGAGACACCCUGAAUAUCAAGAUAGAUUUCCACCUCCAAGAUUACAGGUUCGUCCAGAGCUUCGUGGCAUAUCAGAUGAGAGAGCUCUCCAUCGGCCCGAGAUACCUCACAAUGUUAUGAGAGAAGGGACCCUGUCGGUGGCGGGCUCCCCUCAGCCCUUCGCCCCGGCGCCCGAGGAGCCCUCCGUCAUCACACGCAUGCCGCACGUCAUCAACUACAGGGGCCAGAUGAUGUACCCGGGCGGCAACUCUUCGUACGGUCCGCGAGGUCAGCCCGUGCCGGUGUAUCAGAUGCACCCCGGCCUGCACGCGCGCCAGUACCCGCCGUACUUCCCUCACCUGCAGCCCAUCAAUUACCGUUCAUCUGGUCCGCCCGCCUCGCCUCAACCGAGACCUCACGGACCCCCCAUGCACCACGGACCGCCAGGACUCCCUCAUGGGCCUUCGGGACCUCCGCAUGGUCCACCGGGACCUUCGCAUGGUCCACCGGGUCCCCCACACGGUCCACUGGGACCUCCACACGGGCCCGGAGGUCCCCCACACGGGCCCCCGUCAUCGCUCCAUGGCACGCCACACGGACCCCCGGGACCACCUCACGGCCCGCCGGUGUCGUCCCCUCUCCUACAAAGUAGCCCCAUGCCCCCCGGCCCGUCUCCCGGGUUGAUGGCGGGAGGGAGCAUGCGUCCCGGCGCCCCGUACUCCGGACCUAUACCUUUCCGUACCCCGCCGCCCGCCGCCCCGCCCGCGACUCCGCCCGCCCUGGAGCCCGAGAAGGAGCCGCCCGUCACCAUCAAGGCCGAGGUGAAGACGGAGCCCGAGUACUCGUCCCCCCCGCCCUCGCCCGCCCACCGACCCUCGCCCGAGCCGCCGAGGAAUCACCCCAAGAUCAAACACACGGAGAACAAGGACGGCCGGCCUCGGUUCCCGCUGGGACCGUACGCGCCCCACUACGGACCAUACGGACCUUACGCGCCGAGCACUACCGACCCGCAACCUCCGCCAGAAGCUCUUCUUAACUUACAGACAAGAAUACACCACAACCCUAUGCACCGCGUGCCCGCUAACGCCCGACAAUACAUGCCCAACGAGGUGAAGCCCGGGGAGCCAGGCGCCGCGCCCGCUCCGGGGGACAGGUUCCCUGACCGACCUCCCCCGCCUCACGAGGUCCCGCGACCGAGCUCCGUGGGUGGACCUCCCGACCGGCCCGUCCUACACGACAUGCUGCGAGCCCCCGGACCCGACAGGAUCAUGACGCACGACCUGUCCAGGGUCCCUGACAGACCCCUGAUGCACGACCUGCCGCGACCGCCGGGGCCCGACAGACACGCCGUGCACGACAUGACGAGACCUCCCGGGCCGGAGCGAGCCGUGAUGCACGACAUGCAGAGGUCGCCCGGAGCCGACCGCCUCGUGAUGCUUAACAUGCACCGACCGCCCGGCCCGGACCGCCCGCUCAUGCACGACAUGCACAGGUCGGCAGCUUCAGAGAGACUGUCAAUGCACGACAUGCACCGUCCGCCCGGACCGGGUCGGCCGGCUAUGCACGAGUUGCCGAGGCCCCCAGGUCCCGAGAGGCCCCCGGGGCCCGUCAGGCCUCUCAUGCACGAUCUACCUCGACCGGGGCCUGAACCGCCACCGAUGCAGGUCCCACCGCCGGACCGCCUCAUGGGCCACGAGAUGACCCCCCACUACCCGUACGUGCGGCCGCGGCCGGAGCGCGCCGGGCCGACGCCGCCCCCGGAGCGCGCGUCCCCCCCGGACGUGAAGCCCCCUCUCCGAGGCCCCCCGGCGGGGUGCAGGCCCCUCGUCAAGCUAGAGUCGGAGGCCCGCGAGGAGGACGGCGUGUUCGGGGGCCUCGUCAGCUACUUCUCUAGCCAGCGCGAGGACGACAUAGACGCCUAG